AUGGCAAACCAUGUCGAAAUAAUCCAAGACUGUGAAGAGGUGGAAAUAGUAUCGUGCAACAAAGAUACUGUGGGAAAAACCCGUCUUCAAAAAUGGUCCAGAGGAAUUUAUAUAGUAGCAUCAGCUGGUGGUCACAUUGAAUACUGGCAGCCGCUAUAUAAGUAAGUAAUAUUGAUCUUAAAAAUUUUUAUAUUAAGAUGUAGAGUACAGCACAUGGCACACAGUUACAGAUAUAAUUUUCCAUGGAAUUAUGACAACAAUAUGUUAUGAACAAUUACAGCUAAUAAGAACAACUGCUAAUAAGAACAACUGCAGUCAGAUAAAUUCAUACUGCAAAAACAGAUUGUUUGAAACAAUGAAUCUGACAACCAAAUUGGGUGUUGUUUUAACCAAUCAGUUUUUACAGCGUAUUUUUAUUCAUACAGGUAUAUGGUACCUUUUUCAUGCAAUUUCUGAUCAGUAUUGGUGUACUGCCUCCCUAAGCUCUGUAGGAGAUAUACUCGAUUUAAUAUAGUAUAUAAAAAUCAUUUCCGUGGCGUUUCAAUUAUAUUUCAGAUCCGAAUCUCCAACCCAAGCCUUUAUGAUCACGGUUGUUUGGUUAUUUAACAAGUUUAUGGCUUUAAAAGCAAGUGGUAAAAGUGAUGAAGAAUUGCUUCAAGCAAUGGAGGAGACUGUUUUAGCCUAUGACAACAUGUGUCAUUUAGAUUCUCUCCGUAUUUCGAGGAAGGAUUUACCUCUUCCUGCGCCAUUCAAUAAAAAGUGGCAGAAAGUUGGGAAGGUUAUUGAUCGCCUGCACUUGCAGAACCACAAAGAUCCCUUAUGCAAGGUCAAAUAUAAUCCUGACAACUCCUUGUCUAAGAGCGUCAACACAAUGGCUGCAGAACAAGUAAAUGUUUGGGCAAGUCGGUUAAAGAGAAUUAUGGUGUCUAUGCCAUAUAUGCAUCACAUGUUUUUCUUUCAUAGAAUGGUGAAAAAAAGGAAUGCAUAUACGGAAUUCUGUUACAGAGUUGGAAAACAACCCAUAUGUACUUUGCCACGAAAAACGCACCCAUAAUUGUAUACAUUUAUAAACUGUAG